AUGUUUGUGAAUUUCUCAGGGGAAACUUGUCAGAACCCAGUUAUUACACCAUCAACAUAUACCACCAAUGAUGCAGUCAUCUCUUCCGAAUCUGUCUUCAUUGUGGAGCUCAGUUUGUCAUGUGCGAACGGAGUACAGAGUGUGGCCUUGUAUGCUGAUGUCAAUGGGAGACAGUUUCCUGUGACAAGGGGUCAGGAUGUUGGGAAGUACCAGGUGUCAUGGAGUCUGCCUCACAAGCAGGCCAGCUCUGGGACAUACCAAGUCAAAUUCUUUGACGAGGAGUCUUACAGUGCGCUGCGCAAGGCGCAGAGAAACAAUGAAGACGUUGACUCGAUCAAGCCCCUUUUCUCUGUUAAUGUAGAUCAUAGGGGAGCUUGGAACGGUCCUUGGGUGUCUACUGAGGUCCUGGCUGCUGUUAUUGGCAUCUUGGUCUAUUACUUUGCUUUCAGCGCCAAGAGCAUAAUUCAAGCAUGAAGAUAAAAACACUCAACAUGCAUUACUCUAUAUGAUCACGUUCAUGCUGUAUCAUGUACCUCCAUAUUUGGUCCCUACACAAGGUGGUAUCAAAAAGUUUCAAGAUUAGCUCUGUUUACAAGAAAGUACUUUAUUACGUAUUAAUUACUAUUAAGGUUGGUGUGGCUUGUUGAAGGUCUUCCUGAACUCUCAUCGUCUUCCAGAGACCUUCUUUCACUCUUGAAGCACUUGUGCCACUCAAAACAUGGUGAACGACCCAUUGCAGCAUUCAUGUCAAACAUCUGUCUGGCGGAUUUGCCCAAUUUCACACAGAAUUUCACACUCGCUCUUUGUUUCAACUUGCUGUCCAUGAUAAAUUUGCAGUUGACUGUGUGUGCUGCCAUCUGUUGCCGUGAUACAAAACCUUUUGAUACUACCUCCUAUAUCCUUACACUCUCAUUCUUUUUGUACUUGAUUUGUAAGUAUGUGGUAGUCUUAAAAAAGCUUAAGAGGCAGAUUUGGGAUGUAUAUUUCAGAAAAUAGACCAAUGUCAUGUUUAUUUAUUAGGUUUGUUGUUAAAGGUAUACUUUGACUGACUUAAAAACUUGAAUUUAAUAACAAUCGGUGAAUACUGUACUGGAUUAGGAUUUGUCUUAAUACUGCUCAGAUGUAAAUACAAGCAGGUUUACUAACAAAUAAUAAGGAAUGCACUGAUGGGAUUGAACAAAAAGGCAAUCUUUUACAUUUAUAUUACGAAAAAAUACAAUUAUUAAUACAAUUUAUACAUUUUAGCUAAAAAUCUGUUCUUUUUUGUUUUGAUGUUUUAAUUGUAUCUGUCCACUUUCUGUUCACUUUAUUAGAAACACCUCAUUUAUCCAGUUAGACAAUCGAUUGGAAGCAGCACAAUGCAGUUACAGCUCAAGAGCUUAUGGUAAUGUUCACAUCAGACUAAUGAGAACAGGUGGCAUGGUCAUUGGUACCCAAUGGACACAUUUGAGUAUUGCGUGUAAAUGUGAACUUCUCGGAUUUACACACGCAGCAAUCGUUAGUCUUUACACAGUGGUAUAAAAUGAAAAUCAAUAUUUUUUUAAUUAACUUUUUAUCUUUAAAGGUGAACAUUAACUUAAGCUCUUAGCUUGUAUUUGCUUGAUUUUAGUCACUGUGCUGCUCCUGCUGCCACUUAAUUGGCUGAUUGGAUGUGAUUAGCACAUAUUUCACAAGGUGUAUAGGGGUUCCUAUUAAAGUGGACUUGGGUUUAUACUUGGGUUUGGACACAAGGGGGCAGACCAGCAUUUUUCACUACAGUUAAUUGUGUGCAGUCUGUAUUUUUAUUUAUUUUGUAUUUUUUAACUGGGUUAAGUAAAAUCCUGCCAGUGGAGAAUAGCAAAUAACUUACAGUAAUUUAAUUAGACUAAUUUGGAGAUCUUUUAGCUUUGUGUCAUGUCAUCCUAAAAUAAAGCAUC